AUGGCUUCCGAAGUGCCUAUAGGAGCGGACGAGGCGGAGCUCGCGAAGCUGGGAUACAAGCAGGAGCUCAAGCGGGAUUUGCAUCUUUUGCAGAAUUUCGGCGUGUCUUUUUCUAUCAUUUCCGUAAUCACUGGAAUCCCUUCGCUGUUUCUCUUCGGUUUAACAACCGGCGGUCCAGCAGUGAUGGUAUGGGGUUGGUGGGUUGUUGCGUUCUUCACGAUGGCCGUGGGUCUAGCGAUGGCCGAGAUCUGUUCUUCCUGCCCCACCUCCGGCGGGCCAUACUUUUGGGCUGCUAAGCUUGCUCGCCCCUCUCACGCGCCGUUCGCAUCCUGGAUCACCGGGUGGUUUAACCUCCUCGGUCAAGUGGCUGUCACUACUGGGAUUAGUUAUGCGUGUGCGACGUUUAUUGCCACUGCGGCGAGUAUGCAAAGCGAGACGUACGUGCCAGGUGCCAAGAGCAUCAUCGGGAUAUACGCUGCAGUACUCGUCACACAGGGCCUGAUUAACACUUUUGGCGUGCAUCUUCUCCGUUACCUCAACAACGUUUCCAUCGUUUGGCACGCACUGGGAACCACGGCACUCAUUAUUGCCGUGCUUGCUGCGGCACCCACACACCAGUCGGGAGAGUUCGUCUUCCGCACAUUCAUCGACGGUACCGGCUCUCCAGGGUGGAGCGAGCGUGCUUCCCCAGCCUACGUCGUCUGCAUCGGCGUCCUCCUUGCUCAGUACACCCUGACAGGCUUUGACGCCUCCGCACACAUGACCGAGGAGACACAUAACGCCGCCACCUCCGGAUCAUGGGGAAUUGUCAUGGCCAUCGGCGUUUCGGCGCUCCUAGGCUGGUUCCUCCUCGUCGGCCUCCUCUUCUCGAUUCAAGAUCUAGACGCCACGCUCGCGCCUGCAUCCGGGGAGCCCGUGACACAAAUCUUCCUCGACACCUGCGGCCCGAGAGGCGCAAUCGUUCUGAUGGUGAUCGUCAUCGGAUCUAUGUUCUGGUGCGGCACGUUCAGCAUCACAGCUAACUCGCGUAUGAUGUACGCUUUCUCGCGGGACGAUGCGCUCCCUCGGUGGCUACAUACGGUCGACCCUGUGCGUAAAAGUCCUGUGCGCACAGUCUGGCUCGCGGUGUUCCUCUCCUUCUGUCUUGGACUUCCUAGCCUUGGAAGCGCGGUAGCCUUCACUGCCGCGACGAGCAUCGCUACCAUCGGACUGUACAUCUCGUACGGGAUCCCCAUCGCACUCCGAGUAAUCGACCAUGACAACUUUUCCCGAGGACCGUGGCAUCUCGGGAAAUGGGGCAUUCCGAUCGGGAUCGUCGCUGUCUGCUGGAUAAUGACUAUUACUAUCUUCUUCAUCCUUCCUCAGAUCAACCCGGUCACGAGCCAGACGUUCAACUACGCCGUGGUCGCAGUGGGGAUCGUCAUCACCUACAGUCUCGGCAUGUGGCUAGUCUUCGCGAGAAAGUGGUUCAAAGGGCCUAUCAGGCAGAUUAAAGCGGAGGAAGCAGGCAUUGAUGUUAUGGAUCCUGAUGCAUAUGCGAAGGCGGAGAAAGAGGGGAGGUUGGAUAGCAGAUGA